AGGUCGCCUGCUUCUCAUCCCUGAUACCCUCGGCCAUGUCCUUCAACCUGCUGGCAGCCAAAGCUGUGGCAAGCCAGGCGGCGCAGGACCUGGCCGCUAUCAAAGCUGACACCAUCGGCGCUAGCAAGGAAGCUGUCCUCAAAGCCGUGUCUGAAAUCACUGAUAUUGCAACUUCAGGUCUUGUGCAAAAAGGUCAAGCACUGAAAGCUGCUGCGGGUGCAAUCUUGGGUUCCAUUUUGAACGGCGCGACGUCUGCGGGCUCCACCCUCGCCAGGGCAGGCAUCGACAUGGUAGCCGCCAAACUGGGUCUCAUCGACCCCCCAGUGCCACAGGUUCCCUUCGUAGAAGAGAAUGAAACCGUGGCUGAAGUCUCAACACAGAAACCUCAACCCAUUAGCGCUGUCGAAGCCAGGUCUUCAAACAACAGGCCAUCAUCAGCCUACCCAAAGCCUCUCGUCAAAGUGACUCCUCAGAGAAGCCAUUACAAGGCCCCCGUCUAUGGACCUUCAGGAAACGGUCCCAUUAUCUAUGAAAUCAUCAACACUCCGGGAGGUUACUCAAGCCCUUUAAGGUUUAGAUUUAAUUAAUUAAGAAAAAAUAUAGUUAAAUAUUACCAUA